UGCUUCCGGGGGUGUGUGUGUGAGAAGAAGGCAGCAGCGGCAACCGGCGCCACAGGGAGGCUGCCUCGGCCUGGGCCCGCCCCCGCUCCAGCGGCCUCGAGACCUCGCAGUGGCCGUCCUGAUGGCGCCGCCAGGGCUGUCCCCGUCCCGGAUCGCUUGGCUCUGCGCCGCAGGGGGGGCCGCUUUGGCGCUGGGGGCGGCCGCGGCCUGGCGUCGGCGACGGGCUCGUCGAGACGUGGCGCAGGUGGGGACGGUGACGGGCCUCUACAUCUACCCGGUCAAGUCGUGCCAGAGGGUGUCUGUGGAGGAAGCCGAGGUGACUCGGAUGGGUCUCCGCAAAGGGGACUUGCGCGACAGGUUUUGGCUUGUAACAAAGGAAGAUGGUCACAUGGUCACAGCUCGGCAGGAGCCUCGCCUGGUACUGAUUUCUGUAGUUUGUGAAAAUGGUCACUUGAUCCUGAAUGCUCCAGAAAUGAAGGAAUUGAGCAUUCCUGUCAACCUCCCCAAAGAGAAUCCAGUCAAGAAUUGCAGGGUCUUUUCGCUUGAUAUUCAAGGACGGGACUGUGGGGAUGAGGUGGCCUCUUGGCUCACGGCUUUCUUGAAAUCAGAACCGUUUCGGCUGGUGCACUUUGAGACUCAGAUGACACCAAGGAAAUGCAAUGAUAUUCAGACUCCUUUUCGAGAUAGUGAUGAGGUUCCCUACAGUGAUGCUGGUCCUCUUCUGGUCAUCUCAGAAGCUUCAAUGGAAGACUUAAAUACAAGAAUGGAGAAGAAAAUAGAUAUUCAUCAUUUUAGACCAAGUAUUACUGUUUCUGGCUGCCAUGCAUAUGAAGAGGAUGCCUGGGACAAGAUUAUAAUUGGUGACGUGGAGAUGAAACAGGUGAUGGCAUGUGGAAGGUGUAUUUUUACAACUGUUGAUCCAGUUACAGGCAUCAUAGACAGAAAAGAACCACUGGAAACUCUGAAAAGCUAUCGUAUGUGUGAUCCAGCUCAGAGACAGCUCUACAAAUCGGCACCAUUGUUUGGGAGCUUUUAUGGAGUAGAUAAAAUUGGAACCAUUAAAGUAGGAGAUCCAGUAUAUAAGUUGUUAUAAAAAGUCUUUUGGAGUGGGAUGAUGAUUACCCUAAAAUAAUGUGUAUCCUAUUCAAUAUCUGUAAUGUU